AUGCCUAAUGCAAACACCGCAUCCCGGACAUCCACACAGCAAAGUGCCCAUACGAGUCCCGGCCAGGGGACGGAGCCUCUCAACGGGGGAAGAAGCCAAUGCAACCCGUCCACAUGGCAGUUGGGCAGCACCAGCGGGGACCCAACAAGGGAGGCAAGCAGCCCCCACAACCGGGCACCAGGCGGGCCCGCACAGCCGCAGCGCAGGGCAACCCACGGCAGAUCCCGCCCCGUGCCCCAGGCGAAGGAGAAAGCCCAAGGAGACCCGAAGCCAGAGGGGCACGAGCCGACCCCUACCCGACAGCGGCAAGCCCCCCAGCACCCCGGGCGCAACCCCCGCCCAACCAACCACGAGAUGGACAGACCCUCCACCCGACCCAAGGCGGCCGCCCGCAGCCCCAUACACCCCCGACUGCUAGACCACCUAAGGAUCAGCCCGCCAGGCCGGAUCCAGGGAACACACCCCAGGCUCACCCGACCCCGCGGCACCCAGGACCCCCUACCCACGGAGCAAGACCCUAGGGGCAGAGCCACAGCCCUGGUCCACAUUGGAGUCAGUGGAAUCGAUGAGGUGCUCUGA